AUGAAGAAUUUGAUUCAAAGUUUACAAUCUGACUUUGGUUUACAAUUGUACUCCUCCUUCCACCUUGUAUUAGUGCAAAGGGUCAUUCCUCCAAAAAUCACCCUACAUCCUCUCUGGGAGGAAGUGGAGGGAGGAUCGAAGGUGGGACUCCUCUGCAUCCUGAGUGGGUUCUACCCCGACGAGCUGAGUGUGGAGUGGCUGCUGGAUGGCAAGGCUCUGACCAACUCUCCAGUCCAGCGGAAGCUGCAGAGUGUAGAAGGUGAGGAGAAAACUUUCAGCCUGAGCAGCCAGCUGGAGCUGGACCGGAGCCAAUGGACUCAAGGGUCAGACGUCACAUGCAAGGCCAACCACAAUGCAGCACAAGGACCACCUCCAGGACCACCAGUCUCCAGGACCACCAGCAUUUGUUCAGGUGGGUUUCAGUGACAGCACCGUGUAUUGGGCCAGAGGAUGGGUAUAGACAAGUGUACAAUCGAAAGACAUAGUAACAAUCCAAAUCUGCAAGUCUUGUGACAUCUCCAUCUGUUUUCCUCACAGCAUUUCCCUCGUCUACUCCAUCCAUCCACCUGGAGACCCCCAGAUUCAGGACAGUGAUGACACAGACUGAGGUAACAGCUACAUGUGUGGUCCACUCUGCGUAUGAUGCCAAAGUGACCUGGCUUCUGGAUGGAAAAGACCCAACCAGCAGGACCCCAGUGAACCAGGCCAGCAGCACAACUCAGAGUAUCAGCAGUAACCUGACUCUUCCCUCAAGCCAAUGGAAAACCCUGAACACAAUAACAUGCAGAGCUGAACAUCGCUGCUUCAAACUCACACAGAAGAACAGUAAUGUUAAAGGUUAGAAUGGAACUUUGUGAUCAUUUACACUACCGUUCAAAAGUUUGGGGUCACUUAGAAAUGUCCUUGUUUUCCAUGAAAACAUACAUGAAAUUAGUUUGAAUAGGAAAUAUAGCAAAAUGAAUAGGAAAUGUAGUCAUUGAAAUAAUAAUUGUGUCCUUCAAACUUUGCUUUCAUCAAAGAAUCCUCAAUUUUUCUGCAAUUACAGCCUUGCAGACCUUUGGCAUUCUAGUUGUCAAUUUGUUGAGGUAAUCCGAAGAGAUUUCACCCCAUGCUUCCUGAAGCACCUCCCACAAGUUGGAUUGGCUUGAUGGACACUUUUUAUGUACCAUAACGUCAAGCUGCUCCCACAACAGCUCAAUAGGGUUGAGAUCCGGUGACUGUGCUGGCCACUCCAUUAUAGACAGAAUACCAGCUGACUGCUUCUUCCCUAAAUAGUUAUUGUAUAGUUUGGAGCUGUGCUUUGGGUCAUUGUCCUGUUGUAGGAGGAAAUUGGCUCCAAUCAAGCGCCGUCCACAGGGUAUGGCAUGGCAUGGCAAAAUGGAGUGAUAGCCUUCCUUCUUCAAGAUCCCUUUAACCCUGUACAAAUCUCCCACUUUACCACCACCAAAGCACCCCCAGACCAUCACAUUGCCUCCACCGUGCUUGACAGAUGGCAUCAAGCACUCCUCCAGCAUCUUUUCAUUUGGUCUGCGUCUCACAAAUGUUCUUCUUUGUGAUCCGAACACCUCAAACUUCGAUUUGUGUGUUCAUAACACUUUUUUCCAAUCUUCCUCUGUCCAGUGUCUGUGUUCUUUUGACCAUCUUAAUCUUUUAUUUUUAUUGGCCAGUCUGAGAAAUGGCUUUUUCUUUGCAACUCUGCCUAGAAGGUCAGCUUCUCGGAGUCGCCUCUUCACUGUUGACGUUGAGACUGGUGUUUUGCGGGUACUAUUUAAUGAAGCUGCCAGCAGAGGACCUGUGAGGCGUCUGUUUCUCAAACUAGACACUCUAAUGUAUUUGUCCUCUUGCUCAGUUGUGCACCGGGGCCUCCCACUCCUCUUUCUAUUCUGGUUAGAGCCAGUUUGCGCUUUUCUGUGAAGGGAGUAGUACACAGCGUUGUACGAGAUCUUCAGUUUCUUGGCCAUUUCUCCCAUGGAAUAGCCUUCAUUUCUCAGAACAAGAAUAGACUGACGAGUUUCAGAAGGAAGUUCUUUGUUUCUGGCCAUUUUGAGCCUGUAAUCGAACCCACAAUUGCUGAUGCUCCAGAUACUCAACUAGUCUCAAGAAGGCCAGUUUUAUUGCUUUUUUACUCAGCACAACAGUUUUCAGCUGUGUUAACAUAAUUGCAAAAGGGGUUUCUAAUGAUCAAUUAGCCCUUUAAAAUGAUAAACUUGGAUUAGCAAACACAACAUGCCAUUGGAACACAGGACUGAUGGUUGCUGAUAAUGGGCCUCUGUACGCCUAUGUAGAUAUUCCAUAAAAAAUCUGCCGUUUCCAGGUACAAUGGCCAUUUACAACAUUAACAAUGUCUACACUUCAUUUCUGAUCAAUUUGAUGUUAUUUUAAUGGACAAAAAAAAUGCUUUUCUUUCGAAACCAAGGACAUUUCUAAGUGACCCCAAACUUUUGAACGGUAGUGUAUACAGAGAGAAGUAUAGCAAAACAUUCAGUCUUCUUACAAUCCUACCACAUAAAAAGUAGACCUUAUUGACACUGAAGCCAGUGGUCCUCUGUAGCUCAGCUGGUAGAGCACGGCGCUUGUAACGCCAAGGUAGUGGGUUCGAUCCCCGGGACCACCCAUACACAAAAAUGUAUGCACGCAUGACUGUAAGUCGCUUUGGAUAAAAGCGUCUGCUAAAUGGCAUAUUAUUAUUAUUAUCAAUGUUCCUUUCUCCUGUUGAUCUCUCUACUCUGUGGGUGUUUUCUCCAGGACCUGCAGUGAGCAGCACUCCCACAGUGCUGAUCAGGAGGUCUCUCCCAGACUUACUGAAUGGAGACAGUGCUGUGCUGGAGUGUGCCAUCACACAACUCUCCUCCAGUGACCUCUACGUCACCUUUCAGGCCAAUGGGGUUGAUUUCCCUGAGAAACAGUAUGUCGAUCUGCCUGCCUCCAAAGACCACCAUUCACUCACCAGACGCUUCUCUGUCCUCACAUCACACUGGAAAACACACAGCACUUUCACCUAUAAAGUAAACCAAGGCUUCUCCAACAGCUGGGUGUCUAACUCCACAGGAAAGCUUUUUGGUGGGUGAACUUCUCUCGUCAAUACCUUAUGAUACCAUCUCAAUUUUUAAUGUAAUUAGGCCUACCAACAUGAAAUUAAGUUUCCAUUGUUUGUUGCAUAGUCUUAAUUUAGCACUCCGUAGGUCUAAAAUGGAAAAGUGUUUGUGUUGUUUCCAGGUGAACCGUCCAUGGAGCUCCUUCUAGCUCCCAGUGAGGAGACGUCAGGCUCAGGGACCCAGAAACUCAUAUGUUCUGGGUGGGGCUUCAACCCUCAGAUCAAGUGGCUUUCUUGGUUUGAACAGAGGUCUGCAGCAGCCUAUGAGAUUAGGAUGGGGGAAGACGAAUGUGUGGCAGUAACCAGUCAUAUCACAGUAACACAGCAGGAGUGGAACCAGGGGACCCUGUGAGGUCAUCGACUAGUAUCUUCAGAAAGAGGAUCUUCAGAAAGUCAAGAAGAGCAUCAAUAGAUGUGCAGGUAGUUUUUGGUAUUAUGACAUAUACUAUCCUUGAGCAGUGAUAUAGGCCUAUAGCCUAACCAUCAUUCAGUAAUGUAGGCAUUCUUUAGCGCAAUAUCUGAACGUAGCUUAAAACACUCAAUUCCCUUUCCUCUCAGUGACUCCAAUAUCAUUUCAAAAAGUUGGGGUUUACCUACAGGGACCCACUCUUCAGGAGUUGAGUACAGAUGGACAGGUGCCUGUCACCUGCCUGCUGGUGGGUCCCAGCCUUGAGGACUUUUCUGUUAGCUGGAAGGUGGAUGGGGUUGUGGCUUCCCAAGGUGGGGUCAGAUGGGCCCCCAAGGACCAUUCCAAUGGGAUACAGACUGUGCAGAUCAUGUUUAACGUGUCUGCGAGGGACUGGCAUGCACACAAACGUGUGUUGUGUGAGGUGAAGCACCGCUGCUCCAGCCAAGCCCAGGAGGAGCAUAUCACCAAAUGCAGAGGUAGGCUAAUUCAACACUCAAUUGGCACACAUAACCCAGAAUGCUGAUGUUGAUACAUACAUACAUCUUUGUGCAUGCUAUUGCAUCAGUGCUUAUCUGACAUAUUACUAAACAAUAUAUUUAUGUUACAUUUUAUUGAAUAGGCCCAAAAUCAACUAACUAAUCAGUUAUAUUUUCAUUUGUUUUGUCCCUCCAGAUCCCAAGCCACCCUCUAUAAAGAUAGCGAGACCAUCAGAUUCUGAUCUAUGGGGGUCAAAUAAUGCCACACUGCUUUGCUUAGUGUCUGGGUUCUUCCCCUCUGAUGUAAUAGUGAAUUGGGAGAAGGCUGGCAGUCGCCUACCUUUAUGUCACUACUCCACAAGUCCUUCAGUCCUUUAUGCAGGGAGAAGCACAUACUCCAUGAACAGUAGACUCAUUGUGCCCAGGUCCGAGUGGAAUCAGGACUCCAAUUACUCCUGUGCUGUCAGACACGAGUCGUCCGAGAGACCUAUCACCAGCACAAUAGACAAUGUAUUUGGUGAGUGGACUGUUGAUUUGAACAGUGCCAUGAAUUUGAUUGUAAUAACAUGUACUGAUGAAUAGCAAUAAUGUUGGUUGAUGUUUGAUAAUGUUGUCUGAUGACUUGGAGAGUUUGGAUGAGAAAAACAACAGAGAUUUGCGGUUUGUGUGUCUCCCAGUCUCUAUCUUCUUUGACCUACAGUAGGUCUACAGAUAGGCUAUUCAAUCCCACAAACCCUUCACUGUGUCAAUAAUAUUGUCAUCAUGACAGAAAUGUAGCCUAGGUCAGCAGACCAAUCUUGAGUUGCAUUUAGAAUUAACCUCAGACUAUUUCCAAUAGUAAAAAAUGUAUAAACACCACAGAAUAACAUUCAUACAAUAUAUUGCUAAAUUAGUCAAAUUUGAUUACCAAAAUCGUAUUAGCGCACUGGUUAUGUUUAGCUACAGUGGGGAAAAAAAGUAUUUAGUCAGCCACCAAUUGUGCAAGUUCUCCCACUUAAAAAGAUGAGAGAGGCCUGUCAUUUUCAUCAUAGGUACACGUCAACUAUGACAGACAAAUUGAGGAAAAAAAAUCCAGAAAAUCACAUUGUAGGAUUUUUAAUGAAUUUAUUUGCAAAUUAUGGUGGAAAAUAAGUAUUUGGUCACCUACAAACAAGCAAGAUUUCUGGCUCUCACAGACCUGUAACUUCUUCUUUAAGAGGCUCCUCUGUCCUCCACUCGUUACCUGUAUUAAUGGCACCUGUUUGAACUUGUUAUCAGUAUAAAAGACACCUGUCCACAACCUCAAACAGUCACACUCCAAACUCCACUAUGGCCAAGACCAAAGAUCUGUCAAAGGACACCAGAAACAAAAUUGUAGACCUGCACCAGGCUGGGAAGACUGAAUCUGCAAUAGGUAAGCAGCUUGGUUUGAAGAAAUCAACUGUGGGAGCAAUUAUUAGGAAAUGGAAGACAUACAAGACCACUGAUAAUUUCCCUCGAUCUGGGGCUCCACACAAGAUCUCACCCCGUGGGGUCAAAAUGAUCACAAGAACGGUGAGCAAAAAUCCCAGAACCACACGGGGGGACCUAGUGAAUGACCUGCAGAGAGCUGGGACCAAAGUAACAAAGCCUACCAUCAGUAACACACUACGCCGCCAGGGACUCAAAUCCUGCAGUGCCAGACGUGUCCCCCUGCUUAAGCCAGUACAUGUCCAGGCCCGUCUGAAGUUUGCUAGAGUGCAUUUGGAUGAUCCAGAAGAGGAUUGGGAGAAUGUCAUAUGGUCAGAUGAAACCAAAAUAUAACUUUUUGGUAAAAACUCAACUCGUCGUGUUUGGAGGACAAAGAAUGCUGAGUUGCAUCCAAAGAACACCAUACCUACUGUGAAGCAUGGGGGUGGAAACAUCAUGCUUUGGGGCUGUUUUUCUGCAAAGGGACCAGGACGACUGAUCCGUGUAAAGGAAAGAAUGAAUGGGGCCAUGUAUCGUGAGAUUUUGAGUGAAAACCUCCUUCCAUCAGCAAGGGCAUUGAAGAUGAAACGUGGCUGGGUCUUUCAGCAUGACAAUGAUCCCAAAGACAACGAAGGAGUGGCUUCGUAAGAAGCAUUUCAAGGUCCUGGAGUGGCAUAGCCAGUCUCCAGAUCUCAACCCCAUAGAAAAUCUUUGGAGGGAGUUGAAAGUCCGUGUUGCCCAGCGACAGCCCCAAAACAUCACUGCUCUAGAGGAGAUCUGCAUGGAGCAAUGGGCCAAAAUACCAGCAACAGUGUGUGAAAACUUUGUGAAGACUUACAGAAAACGUUUGACCUGUGUCAUUGCCAACAAAGGGUAUAUAACAAAGUAUUGAGAAACUUUUGUUAUUGACCAAAUACUUAUUUUCCACCAUAAUUUGCAAAUAAAUUCAUUAAAAAUCCUACAAUGUGAUUUUCUGGAAUUUUUUUCUCAUUUUGUCUGUCAUAGUUGACGUGUACCUAUGAUGAAAAUUACAGGCCUCUCUCAUCUUUUUAAGUGGGAGAACUUGCACAAUUGGUGGCUGACUAAUUACUUUUUUCCCCCACUGUAUAGCUAGCUAACUAACCCAGCUAGCCCAGCUAUAUUGUUAUGCUAGCUAGUGCUUUAAUUUGCUCAUUUUUCUAACAAGCAAAACAAUACAUGGAAAUAUUUAUGCUAUUUGAUUUGAGUAGUUAAAAGGACAUGCCGAUAAAUCCUUUCUUCUCAGCAAGUUCUCAACUCCAAGGUUCCAAAGUUUUGGUACCAAACUCACAUGCGGUCGAGCGCCGUGCGGGACUGAAUGUAAAGUCUAGACAGGAAAGAACCAUUGCAAAUGCAAACCAUAGUGACACUGAUACAACACCACCACCAAUAAUAAUCUGCGUUGAUAGCUGCCAAGGAGCGGAUUCUGGAUUUGCAGUCGACAAGGGUUUCGAAAAGUAGAUAUACUGUAGCUACAACAUAAUAGUUUAUGGCUGCAGACUGCAGAGAGAGUCUAUGAAUGAUACAAUUCAGUAAGACGCAAACAAUGCCCCAAAAAUGAAUAGCAUUUAGGGUACAUUGACUCAGUGACCCACUCCGCACCAACAGCCACCCUGCUCCAGGGUCCCAGUGAGCUCAUCUGCCUGGUGUUUGGCUUCAGCCCUUCACACAUCAACAUCACCUGGCUGCUGGACGACAUCACAGAGCUGUGGAACCACGACACUAGCACCCCCUACAGGGCACCAGGGGGAAAGUUCAUCAUCAGGAGCCACCUGAGCCUGGCGACCCAGGACUGGGCACCGGGGGCUGUUUACACCUGCAGGGUGACCCACACCACCCAGACUCUGGCCCUGAACAUAUCCAAACCAGGUGUCUGUCUGUCUGUUCACUCACUUCUGAUACAAUAACAUUUGCCUGGUGCUAGCCUCUUUCUAACCGUAUAUGCUCUGUUUCACCAUUGUAAUAGAGCAUUUCAGUUUGGAUUCCAGGCUAGCCUGUUUCUGCAACUCUUUCUCACUGAAAAUCUGCUCUUUCAUUUUGAGUAGAGCUCCUUGAGGUGGAGGGUGUGUUCUUUGACGAGAACAGGUCUGAUCCCAUCCUGGCGGACACUGCAGAGGAGAACUGGAACAUGGCCUCCAUCUUCCUGGUCCACUUCCUCAUCUCCCUCCUCUACAGCAUCACAGUCACUCUGGUCAAGGUGAGAGGGAGGAUAUAA